UGUUGUCUGUUGUUUAUUGAUGUUAAAAAAAUGUUUGUUGUGUCCCUAUAAUACCUCCAAUUUCAAAAUAAUUUUUAGACAAUUUUGCAAAGUAAUAAGUGAAAUCUGCUUGAGUAAUGACUUCCGAAAAGGAUCCAUUGGUGAGUGAAAGAUCAGGAACAGUACGCGAGGUAGGCAAUCAUGCUAUAUGGAGUCUAUCAUCUUGUAAACCAGGAUUUGGUAUAGACCAACUAAGAGAUGAUUGUAUGGACACAUACUGGCAGUCAGAUGGACAAUUACCUCACUUAGUGAAUAUUCAGUUCCAAAGAAAAACGAUGGUUUCACAUAUUUAUAUUUACACAGACUACAAGCUUGACGAGAGUUAUACACCCAGUAGAAUAUCUAUCAGGGCUGGAACCCAUUUUAAUGAUCUGCAAGAAAUAGAAGUCAUUGAGUUAAUAGAACCAAGUGGUUGGGAGAUGAUAUCUAUUAAAGAUAUCCAUGAGAGACCAAUAAGAACUUAUAUGAUUCAAAUAGCUGUUCUCAGCAAUCAUCAAAAUGGAAGAGACACACACAUGAGACAAAUUAAAAUUCAUUCACCUUGUGAACCAACAUCAUUUGAUAUUAAUAAAUUUAGGAAAUUCUCAACAGUACAGUUUCAACAAUAUGCUACAAUAAGAUAAAUAAAGUGAAAAAACCAGCUGAUUCAUGUGUAAAUGUGCAUUGAAAUACUAAAAAGUAAAAAGCAAUGAUCUAAGGUAAAUAAUGUAAUUAAAUGUGUGUUUAUAGAUUGUAAUGAUUACUUUUAUAUAAUAAAACAUGUUUAAAAGG